AUGUCAACGUCCGCAUAUCGUGUGGCGAGCCUUUUGCGGCAAGAAAACAACAAGUUAUGCAGCGACAAGGAGAAGAACACGCUCGCAAGACUCACACGGGAUGUGGAGGCGUUUUUGGACCAUGCGGCGGAUGUUCCGCCUGUUGUGAUGGAAACACCAUACGAUGAUGGCGAAACGGAUUUAAUGGAGGUGCAUCUGAGCGUUGUGGCGGGCGUCCUGGAGCCAUGCGAGCCCGCCAGUGACGUCACGGCAGUGGAUGGUGUGUUCAUGCCGACGGCGAAGAACCAUGUGGCGAUGGACCGAAAGCGGGUGCGUGAGGCGCAGGCGAUGUUGAACCUUUUGGGUGCCCUCUCAACGGACUGCAACAUGCCGACUGCUUCUGUUGCCGCGGCCACACGCUGCCGGUUGUCUUUGGGAAGUGGAGAAAAGGCGGAUUUUGAAUCUGACGACGAAUCCAUUGCCGUUUUUGAUGCCGACGAGUUGGAAAACGACACGAGUUCUUCGGACGGUGAAAGUAACGUGCACGGGCGCCCUCCUCCUCGUAUAUUGGAGUUAAAUUGA